AUCUUUUGACCAUUAAGCGUAAUGUUAGACAAUUUUUGACUCUUGAAACUCUUUUAUUGAAGUAAUCUGUUGAAACAACACCAAUUGUUACCUAAAUAUUAUUUGCCCUGUUGGUUCAUUGUUAGAUGCAAAUGCCGAUUACUUCAUAAGCAAAAUAGUAUUAUUGCCGGAUGUUGUACCUUUGUUCAAUUUCUUAUAAAGUCAAACACAAGCCUUGCUAUGGCCCAUUCCCUUUUCAAACUCAGAAUUUUGUUAUAGUGUCUGAAGAAUUUUAUGCAACCAUGGCUACCAAUACAAACCGAAAAGUCAUGUUUCUUGCUCUUCUCUUGUGCCUAGUGUUGAAAACCCAUAUUGCAUUUGGAGCUGAAACCAUAACUGCAAACCAAUCCCUUUCUGGUGAUCAGACCAUAGUAUCUGCAAGUGAGGUCUAUGAAUUGGGAUUUUUCACACCAGGUAAAACUACUUUGAACUAUUAUAUAGGCAUGUGGUACAAAAGAGAUCCUUACAAGACCAUACUUUGGGUGGCAAAUAGAGAAAAACCAGUUAUGGAUAGAUUUUCAUCAAAGCUGAUAAUAUCAAAUAGCAAUUUAGUUCUCAUCAAUGAGUUGAAGAUUCCAGUUUGGUCAACAAAUGUGAGCUUCCCCACUUCUGGUACUUCUGUAAGGGCAACUCUUCAAGAUGAUGGAAAUAUAGUACUCUUAGACGAUGAAUUUGAUGAAUCCAAGCUCUUAUGGCAAAGUUUUGACUAUCCAACUGAUACAUGGCUUCCUGGAGCUAGUUUGGGAUUCAACAAAAUUACAAAGAGGAAACAAAUUCUCACCUCAUGGAAGAAUUUAGAGGAUCCUUCCCCUGGUCUCUUCACUUUUGAGCUAGUCCCAAGUGAUGGUUUUUAUAUUAUUCUUUGGAAUAGGUCGAGGAGCUACUGGACCACUGGACCUUGGACUGGAGACAUCUUUACCUUGGUCCCAGAAAUGAGAGGCGAUCCUAUUUGCUAUUUCAAGUUUGUUUCAAACGAAAGUGAUAUCUUAUUUACUAUGUAUGCUCAUAACACUUCUGGUGUAUCUCGACUUGUGAUGGAUGUUUCAGGGCAGAUGAAGCAGUUAGGGCAGCCUUCUAAGAGAUGGAAUUUACUAUGGUCUUUUCCAAGACAACAAUGUCAAGUUUAUGCUUUUUGUGGCGCUUAUGGCAGCUGCAGUGAGAACUCAUUGCCUUUCUGUCAAUGUUUGAUGGGGUUUCAGCCAAAGUCUCAGAGAGAUUGGGAUUUGAAAGAUUACUCUGGCGGCUGCAUGAGGAAGAGUCAACUGAAUUGCUUGAACAAUAGUCUUCCAAAUGAUGAGAAAGACAGAUUUUUAGAAGUGCCAAGCAUGUCUGUGCCAGAAAAUGCACAAUCUGAACCAGUACGAAGUAUUACAGAAUGUGAAUCUACCUGCUUAAACAAUUGCCAUUGCAUAGCUUAUACUUACAACACCAAUGGCUGUUCAAUUUGGACAAGAGAUCUACUGAACCUAAAUCAGCUUGCUACAGGUGACAGCAAUGGAAGGACACUCUAUAUUCGACUAGCAGCUUCUGAGUUUCAAAGUACUAAAAAAAGCAAGGGAAAAAUUGUUGGUGUUGCAGUAGGCUCUCCUGUUGGCUUAAUAGUUUUACUAUGCCUAAUUUUGUACUUGGCUUUGAGACAUAGAAGAAAAACAAUUGGAAUGGGAACAUUAGCAGGCGGUUCAUUGGUAGCUUUUGGUUACAGAGAUUUGCAGUAUGCAACCAAGAACUUCUCAGAGAAAUUGGGUGGAGGAGGUUUUGGUUCAGUUUUCAAAGGUAAACUAAAUGACUCGACUGAAAUAGCUGUGAAGAAGCUUGAAAGCGUUCACCAAGGAGAGAAGCAAUUCAGAACAGAAGUCAGCACAAUUGGGACACUUCAACAUGUUAAUCUUGUUCGACUUCGUGGGUUUUGUUCUCAAGGGACUAAUAAGUUGUUGGUCUAUGAUUACAUGUCAAAUGGCUCUUUAGAUUCACAUCUUUUUUGCCAAAAUGACUCAUCAAAUGUUUUGGACUGGAAAACAAGAUUUGAAAUAGCAGUUGGGACAGCAAGGGGUCUGGUUUAUCUUCAUGAGAAAUGCAGAGAGUGUAUCAUACAUUGUGACAUUAAACCAGAAAACAUUCUCUUAAAUGUUGAAUUCUGUGCUAAAAUAGCAGAUUUUGGACUAGCAAAGCUUGUAGGCAGAGAAUUCAGCCGUGUUUUAACAACCAUGAGAGGGACAAGAGGUUACCUGGCACCAGAAUGGAUUGCAGGAGUGGCCAUAACCCCGAAAGCCGAUGUUUAUAGCUAUGGAAUGAUGCUAUUUGAAUUGAUAUCCGGAAAGAGAAACUCAGAGAUUUCAGAAGAUGGGAAAGUACAAUUCUUCGCAACCCGAGCUGCUAGGCUAAUAGUGGAAGGAGGUGAUGUCCUUAGCCUAUUAGACACAAGAUUGGAGGGAAAUGCAAACAUAGAGGAGCUUAGAAGAGUUUGUGUUGUUUCUUGUUGGUGUAUACAAGACAACGAAACUCAAAGGCCAUCAAUGGGGUGUGUUGUUCAAAUGCUUGAGGGGAUAAUAGAGAUGGAACUUCCACCAGUUCCACGGUCUAUACAACUUUUUGUUGAAAAUCAAGACAACAUAGUUUUCUAUACAGAGUCAUGCUCGAGCCAGAGUUCUCAUCUACUUAGUGACAUGUCAUCUGCUUCCUAUGAGUCCAAGAGCAACAUCUCUACUAUGUCUAUGUGCUUAAUUAAUAACUGAGUUGAAUCAAAUGAAGAUGUAUCAUACACUUGUUCAAAGUUUUUUCUUUACUGAAGGCAGCGAAAAUUGGUCCCAUUACAUGAAUUGUGAAUUUGUUGCCUGUAGUUUUGGCUUUGUAUUGAUUUAUAAUAAGAAGAAUUCAAUUCAUGAUA